AUGGCAGCUUCAAUGUUGACUGGUACCAGUUGGCACACGUUGAUGCAAACUGUACCUGGGCAUGCUCCCUUGGACGUCCGGAAGGUGGUUUACUGUGGUUUACGAGACGUAUCCAAACUGCAGAACGAGACCGUUCAGAAGUCCGGGGUCGACGUGGUGUGGGGCAGCGCAGCUGACAAGGUUGACUUCACUGGCGGUCUUGCUGCAAUCCUAGAUCGGAGGAGUGAUAUCCAGGAUGCUCACAUCCAUUUGGAUUUGGAUGUACUUGAUGAGUCUCUGGGUCGGGUGAACGAGUUUCCAUCCCCGGGCGGCUACUUUCCCGAGGAUCUGAUGGGAUUGAUGGAUAUGAUACCUGCUAAGGUCAAUCCCACGUCGCUUGUUGUCUGUUCAUUCAAUCCUCGCUUAGAAGGAGGUGAUUCGGUUGCGCGUCUUGCCUGUCAAGCAAUUCAGAAGCUUGUCAGUGGUCUUAAGCAAAGAGGAAUUCUCAACCCAUCGCAAAAUCCCACAGAAUUAAUGGAGUAG